UCCGUGGAUUACUAAAAAUGGGAAAUGGAGGCAGCUCACUUUGUAGAGCUGGUACUCCCUCCUCCUUUUUCUCCCCUAAAUUUUCUCUUCUUUCGCCAUUUUUGUUUUAGUUUUCACAAUUCUCCUUCCUCUCUGGUUCUGUGCGUGUUUUGGAUCUCUGCCAAAUGUUCUUUCACUUUCUACGCUCAGAUCCUCUUCUUAGUCUUUCACAGAUUACGGCAUUCCAUGCUCACAAUUGUAUCUGCUCCAAGCUCAUUGAGGCACUAUAUCUGACUAAUUUGGCGUCUAGGUCUCCCCCUGGCUUUUAUCCUCCUGCUUGAAUGGUUCUCAGCUGUCAGCUGGGAUUGGGGUUGUGAUGAUCAGAGAUGAGUCAUACAACGAAUGAAAGCGGAUAUGGGGUGCUCUCCCAGUAUCAAAUGGAGUCACCUGAUGACGGCGAUUGUGGCAGAAGUUCAAUUGGAGGAGUUGUUUUGAAGAAGGGUCCAUGGACAUCUGCUGAAGAUGCAAUUUUGAUUGACUAUGUCAAGAAGCAUGGAGAAGGGAAUUGGAAUGCUGUUCAGAAGCACUUGGGCCUGCUCCGCUGUGGGAAAAGUUGCCGAUUACGCUGGGCAAAUCACCUGAGGCCAAACUUGAAGAAAGGGGCAUUUACUCAAGAAGAAGAGCAGUUGAUCAUCGAACUCCAUGCAAAGAUGGGAAACAAAUGGGCACGCAUGGCUGCACAUUUGCCUGGUCGUACGGACAAUGAGAUAAAAAAUUACUGGAAUACCCGUAUUAAGAGGCGUCAACGUGCUGGCUUGCCUCUUUAUCCUCCUGAAGUGUUUUUGCAAGCAUUGCAGGAGAGUCAACUGGGCCACAACAUUAAUGGAAUUAAUAGUGGGGAUAACUCGCAUCAUGAUCUCUUGCCAAGUAGCAAUUGUGAUAUACCUGAUGUCAUAUUUGACAGUUUAAGGGGGGCCAACAAGGGGAUCUUACCUUAUGUUGCUGAAGUUCCUGAUAUUACUGCAAGCAGUAUGCUGAUGAAAGGUGUUGGUUCUCAAUAUUGUAGCUUCACUUCCUCUAGGAUUCAUCACAACAAGCGUCUUCGACAAUCAACAACCUUAUUCCCUGGUCACAAUGGCAACGUAGAAAAUGAGUUCCUGUCAUUUAACCAAACUGAGGGUGAUAUUUGUGAUAAAACUGCUCAUUCAAUUGCGAUGUCUGUUCCUUUUGACCCUGAUCCUGCCACUAAGAUCCUGAAGUCGCUUGGGGCAAAUCAGGGUGGCCAUACCCUCUCAAAUGACAAUUUCUCCGCUUCUAAGCCCACUUCUGGUGCUGUGAAGUUGGAGCUCCCUUCACUCCAAUAUCCUGAAGCAGAUUUAAGUAACUGGGGGACACUGUCCACACCACCUUUACUUGAGUCUGUUGAUGGUUUUAUCCAAUCUACCCCGACAGAUACAGUGGAUUCAGGCAACCUCUCACCAUGUAAUAGUGGCCUGUUGGAUGCUUUACUCCAUGAGUCAAAAGCUUUGAGCAGCGCAAAAAAUCAUCUAUCUGACAAGAGUUCAGAUUCAUCUAAUUUGAUCCCUGGCGUUUUUUCUGGGAGUUCUGCCUUGAAUAUUGGUGAGGCAGAAUGGGAAGACUAUAGUAACCCCCUUUCUCCAUUGGGUCAUACUGCUACUUCACUUCUAAGUGAGUGCAAAAAUCCAAGUGGCAGUGGAAAUUCUUUGUAUGGACCCCCACCUGCUGAGGCAUACACUGGGUGUAAUAUGAAAUCAGAACCAGUUAAUUGGGCUUGGACCCCAGACAGAGAGAGAGAAAGGGAUAGUAGGUUGAAUAUUACUCGGGUAGAUGCUUUACUUGCUUUGGAUUGGCUUGAGCAGUGUCCCGGUUAUGCCAUGACUGAUAAUGCCUUAACAAACCUUCUUGGUGACAAUCUCAGCAAUGACUAUAAGCAGAUGGUUUCCGGAACUUGCACCACAAGCCAGGGACAAGGGCUGGGUUCUUGUGGUUGGAAUAACAUUCCUACUGUUUGUCACAUGUUCGACCUUCCUUGACAUUUCCUUCUUAUCAUAUAUCAUUGCAAUUACGCAAAAGAUACUUUAGUUGCUUCAUUUAUGCCGAUCAUUUGUUUAAUGUGUAGAUUACAUUCAGAUCGCAAGAGGUAAUUUCGGAUGACGAUAA